AUGGAGCUGACGGCGAGGGCUAUCGACAAUGACACCCGAGGUUGGAUUUUGUCCGCAGUGAGCGCUUGCGUCUUUGGAGCGUCCAUCAUAUUCGUCGACGUCUUCGUGCGCCUCCUGCCAGGCAAGGCCAACUUCCGCAUCCAAGACAGCAACGUCUUCCUCGCGUGCUCGCUGAGCUUGAGCUUUGGCGUCAUGCUAUUCUCCUCGCUCUACAGCAUGCUCCCCGAAUCGAAAGAAUACUUUCAGCAAGAGGGUUGGUCCGAUCAAACUGCUGGCUUCGUCAUGAUGGGCUUCUUUGCUGCAGGCUUCGUUGGCAUCCAGGCUGUCUCACGAAUCGUCCACCAGUUUAUGCCUUCCCACGUCGUCGACUGCGACCAUAGCCAUGACAGCGUUGCCUCUCUCGACGGUCAUUCCCAUGCCCAUGGCGGCCGAGCGCAUUCACGGCCGAGUCGCGCCAGACGGCGUCUCUCCCGACCCCCCGACAAUAAAAUCUCCGAUAUUGCUGAGAGUGGCGAUGGUCAGCCUCCCACUAGCGAGGUGACUCCUCUACUCAGCUCAGAGCAUGUUCAUGCCACUCCGAUGUUAGUUCGCCAUGCAUCCGAUAUGGUGCGGCGGUCCGGUAGCCCUCGCCCGUCUUCCCGCACCCGUGCCACUACCGACGCUGCCGGGGUCUUCAGCAGACGCCAAUCCACUCCCGGGAUCAGGAAGCGGAUGAUGUCCUUUUUCUGGGACACAGAUUGCCGCUGUGAUGAGUCCAAACGAUGUUAUGGAUACUCCGAUCCUUGUGGACAGGAGUGUUUCAAGCACCUGAGCAGCCGCGCCGCAAGUAACACGCCUUCCCUCCACACAACUACUGGACAUUUCCACCCCCACCACUCAUUUCACGCCACUCAUGAGCAUACUGAUGGGGAUAUCCACGACGCCAGUGUUAGCCCCAGUCGAAUAGCGUCUCGCGAUUCUACGACCUUGACGGAAGAAGGGGCCAGCGAAAACGGCUAUCCAUGCUCGCAGAUGGACGAGGGCGAUGCCGAAGCCCAGCAUCAUCACCACGUCCCAACCAAUGCCUUUCUUUCUAUUGGAUUGCAAACGUCUAUAGCCAUAGCCCUCCACAAGUUUCCAGAGGGCUUCAUCACAUAUGCAUCGAACCACGUCAACCCUUCGCUCGGGUUCAACGUCUUUAUGGCACUCUUCGUUCACAACAUCUCGGAGGGCUUUGCCAUGGCUUUGCCUCUUUAUAUGGCCCUUGGAUCCCGCUGGCGGGCCAUGACCUGGUCGGCUGUCUUGGGCGGCUUGUCUCAGCCUUUUGGUGCAGCUAUCGCAGCUCUGUGGUUCAAGCUUGCCAACAGCACCAACAUGACGCCGAGCGCAGUUGUGUAUGGCUGUCUCUUCGCGCUGACUUCGGGCAUCAUGGUCAGUGUCGGGCUGCAGCUCUUUGCCGAAAGCUUGAGCUUUGAACACAACCAUAACCUGUGCAUGAUCUUUGCUUUCCUGGGCAUGUCUCUGCUGGGCCUCAGCAACGCCAUGUUUGCAGAGCACUGA